GUCGAUGCCGCGUGCGAAAACAGCGUGAAAACAGCAGAAAAACUAGCGCCAAUCCAAAAAGUGCGAGUUUGCGAGAGAAAAGCGGCAGGGAAACGCACGCUUACGCACACGCGGCUUCGUGGAAAACUGUGAUCGGUUCCGGGGGAUGCUGGCAGCAUAAGAUUUGCCGGUGCGUUCACAUUCCGCGCGCCCUUUUGCCGCGCCACCGCAAACGCGCGACAGCGUUGCCCCGCGAGUUAGUGCUUUUGGUGCAAGGUUUUCCCGGUUUUCCCAGCGAAAAGUUUGGUGCAGCAGGUGUGGCCAAUCACCGGCAACGCGUUUAGUAGGCGUCGAGUGUUUCCUGCGUGUUCUGUGACUCCCCCGCGCCGGUGCCACGCACGGCUUCGAUGUUGGCCAGCCGCCGCCGCCAAUCGUGGUUCCGUUCAGAAAAGAAGUCGCGUCCCCUGCUGGUGCGGUGAACCGCUAAUUACUCCCGCCCCGCGAAUAACUGUUGAAAGAGCAUUCGAUUUGGAACCGCGCAGCAAGAAAUCGAAGCAACCAUGGGUGCGUACCUGUCCACACCGAUCACGGAGAAGGAAUCGAGCGAUGAGUCGAACGAGCUGCUGGCCGCCGGAUCCAGCUCCAUGCAAGGAUGGCGUAUGAGCCAGGAGGAUGCCCACAACUGCAUACUAGAUUUUGACGAGAACGUGUCCUUCUUUGCCGUGUACGAUGGGCACGGUGGCGCCGAGGUGGCCAAAUACUGUAGCCUGCAUCUGCCGAACUUUCUACGUACGGUGGCCGCGUACGGCGAGAAGAACUUCGAGCAGGCACUGAAAGAUGCGUUUAUCGGCUUCGACGCCACACUGCUCGAGGGGGCCGUGAUUCAGGAGUUGCGAGUGCUGGCGGAAAAGACGGAUCAGGGAGAAACAUAUGAGGAAGAGGAGGAGAGCGAUAAUGUGGAAAACUUGCGCGAAGAGGCCAUCAUGCCACUGUAUGAAGUGUUGCAGAAGUACCGCAAGGGUGGAAAGCCACCAGCAACAGGAGCAGCAUCAGCUACCGGCAGCCGGCAGUCGGGUUCUUCCCAUGGAUCCUCGAAGAUGCGGUUGGUUGAGGUCAUGAAGGAGGCCGGAUCCGGCUCUAAACCCAUCUCACCGUUACUGAAGGGCAAGAAGGCAACCGUGGAUGACGAGGAUGGUGAAGCAACCGCCGGUGGUUCCGGUGGUGAUGUAGCCGCCAGUUCGGGUGAAGCCGCUCCUGCCGCGAAGGAAGCUGGCGUGAAGCCAGCAGAGGAUGCAGGCGGCGAUGCAGCCAUCGAUUCAACGGUCAGCAGUUCGAGCAACAACAAGGCAGUCGAAGGACGGGAUGAUGGCGCAGCGGCCCACCAGGAACCAUCCUCCUCAUCGUCCUCGUCAGCCUCCGCCGUUAGAAAGGAGGAGCAGAUUGAUGAAAUCAGCGAUACGGAUGGUAUAAUCGUAGACAAAUCCACUGCAAGCGCCACAAAGGACGCCAAGGACACGUGCGCCCCAGACAGUUCAUCUUCCGAUCCCAGCAAACAACAACCGGCACCGGCAGCAACCAGCAAAGUAAACGGUGACGUUGGCAAGGGACCGAGCGCUUCAUCGGCUGCGGCAGUCUCAUCAUCGUCAUCGUCCAGUGCUAGCAGUGCUGGCCAAGAGAAUGGUGUCGCUUCGAGUGAUUGUGGCGGUUCCAAGAAAGCAGAAUCCGUGCAUAGCAGCAGCAGUGGUGGUAGCAGUGGUGGUGGAGGAAGUGGAAGCAGCAAGGCUGCUCCUGCUGCUGCCAGCCCUGCAGCAGCCGGUGGUCGACGAGCGAAGAAUGGGCCGGCGAAGCCAUCGCUCGUAGUGGAUGACGAUGAUUCGGAUGAGGACGAUGAGAGCGAUUCGGAUGAGGAGUUUCCACCGGUUGCGGAACCCACCGAUACCUCCAGUACCGAGGAUGGCGAUGAAGAAGAGAUCGACAAUGGUGAAGAGGGCAGUGAAGAGGAUGAAGAGGUCGAGGAAGAGUACGAGGAGGAGGAAGAGGAAGAUUAUAUGAACGAGGAGGACGAAGCGUUUAUGCGCAACAUCUCGGACGAACCGGGCAAAGACAGUGGAUGCACCGCAGUUGUCGCACUGCUACACGAAAAGGAUCUUUACGUGGCCAAUGCCGGAGAUUCACGGUGCGUCGUUUGCCGCAAGGGAGAAGCGCUCGAGAUGAGCUUCGACCACAAACCGGAGGAUACGAUCGAGUUCGAGAGGAUAGAGAAGGCUGGCGGACGCGUUACGCUCGAUGGCCGUGUCAAUGGAGGAUUGAAUCUGUCUCGCGCCAUUGGUGACCAUGGUUACAAGAUGAACAAAUCGCUCCCGGCUGAAGAGCAGAUGAUCUCCGCGCUGCCCGACAUUCAAAAGAUCACGAUCGGACCGGAAGACGAAUUUAUGGUGCUAGCGUGCGAUGGUAUCUGGAACUUUAUGACCAGCGAAGAGGUGGUUCAGUUCGUGAAGGAGCGUAUAAAGAAACCGAACGCUGUGCUGUCGGAGAUCUGUGAGGAGCUGUUCGAUAACUGCCUAGCGCCCCAUACCAAAGGCGAUGGUACGGGCUGUGACAACAUGACCGCAAUCAUUGUGCAGUUCAAACCAAACUUUACUGGUGCAGCGUCGCGGAAACGGGCAGCUACCUGUACUCUCGACGCGACCACCAAUUCCGAUGUCCCAGCGUCCGGUUCGAAGAAAAUUAAAACCGAUACCACCACGGGCACCACCGCGGGUGAGACGGCCGCAUCGUCGACCACAGACGGUACCAGCAACGGUGGCGCAGCGGUAGAGGCAAGUGAUGAAACAGAGGCAGUUGCAGCGGUUGCCUCGAUCGAGGAUACACCGAUGGAUGCGACAGCAUCGGUAGCCGGUUCAUCCGAAGCCACCUCAUCGUCAUCAACGUGAAGCGUACGGCAGUGCGAUCUGCGUUACUCUAACCGACAGUCCACAGUUGGACCAUCUUCCUUUCAUCCACUAUUUCACACAUACACAACACACGUCGCUGACUUCAGGGAGUAAGCUCGUUUAUCGUUCGUUCACGUCGUCGUCACACCGUGCUUGCGUUUCUCAUUUUAUACGUUCUUGUUUUACCGUGAUGGGCUGAUUGUACCGUAGCUUCUUUACCGUGGAAACCUCGUAGGAAAGCCUCCACCACAAUUCACAGCAGACAGUGCUCGGGCGGAUUCUCAAAUGCUCAAUAUCAGUAUUUCGCUUUGGUUUUUCCGGAACCGAAAUGGAACAGAUUGAAGCCCGUGGCCAAGACAACACAACACCGCAGUGAUCUGCACACAUACAGCCUUUCUUUAUCCUGUGUUUUUUUUUUAAUUUUUCGCAUAAGUGUGUAGAAGGGAACUAGAAAUGUAAGAAAGAGAAAAAGUAAUCAGUGAGUACACAAUUAUGACCAUCAACCUGGUCUUAUGGAAGGUCUGUUUCGAUUUUCCCACAAAAUUGUCUAUUCUUAACGAUGGUUAGUGAGUUGCGAAACCGUCGUCAAAUGUAGAACAUUCUGCGUGUGUACUUUAUAGAUCCCGUCGUACAUGUAGCGUGUGGUCGGCGUGUCGUCCGCUUUAGAACAGAUGGAAACCAGCGGGCAGAUGGGGGAGGGGGUUCAUAAACAGACUUAAUCCACAGAGAGCAUAUUAACAUGCUAAAAAUGGUCUCUUAAAUGCCGCCUGUAUGUUUCUAGCGCAAGAAAUGGAGCAUUAGAAAACAAAAAGGACACGGAGUAAGCAGCAUGGAAGAGCAUACAUUUAUGUACAUAAUGUGUCAAUGUCGAAACAUAAAACUACAAAGGAAUAAAACAAAAUGCAGGGGGUUUUUGGGAAGGGGCAGUAGGAAUAGUGAGCAUAUAUGCUUGCGAUGUGGACAUAUACUCCCUUUCCAACAUUCUUUCCUCUGAUAACCCUCCCUUCGAAGUACAGGUGUUUGGGCAUGAGACACGAACGUGAAUUUAAAUACAAAAACCAACAUAACAUACAUUCUUCCGUUAGUGUGUUUUCGUCCGUUUGCGUAGAUGAUGGCCAGAACGGGGGGGCGUAAGCCACAGAGAACAACUCGAUGAGCGGCACUAUUGUAUCUGAAGUAAGGGCAAUAAAAAUGUCUUUUAAUCCAUCGGA